CAGACACAUUCAGUGCAAGAUCAGUUUAUCCAAAGCCUGUGUCAGAGCAGGUAAGGAAACAGAAGCUGCACAAUGGGAAACCACAUUUUUUUAAUCCUGCUCUUGAUCUUGAACCUGGAUCAAUCAGCAGGCGACAGUUUCUUCAUCUCCGCCCCGAAUGUGUUUCACGUGGGUGUUAAAGAGAAAGCGUUUGUCCAGAUGGGACGACCUCAUCUCAAUAAUCUUGUUACUCUGCACCUGGAGCAUGAGAGUACUGGUACUGUUGUGUCUGAGAGUAAAACAGUUCUCUGUACUCAUGAAGGGGAGAUCAAAACAGUUGAGCUCAUGAUAAACAGGGAAACUUGGUCGAGAAUUCCACCCCGUGCUGAUGGCCGUCCGUAUGUCUUGCUGGUGGCAAGUAGCACCACCCUCACCCCCAGGAAGACAACCAGGGUCCUGGUAUCAAAACAUAAGGGAUAUAUCUUCAUUCAGACUAAUCAGCCGAUCUAUAACCCAUCACAGACAGUGAGAUACCGGGUAUUCACGCUUGACCACACAAUGAGGCCCCAUGAAGCAGUGUUUCAGAUAUCAGUGGUUAAUGCUGUUGGAAACAAAAUAAUGAAGUCUCUUAGGACUGCAAAAGAGGGAAUAUUCCAAAACUCAUUCCCCAUACCUAGUGUCUCCAAGAUGGGUACAUGGAAAAUUACAGCACACUAUGAAGGUGAUGAAGAAAAUGUUGCUUCCCGAGAGUUCAAAAUCCAAAAAUUUGUUUUACCAAGUUUUGAUGUGGACAUCACAAUGGAGCAGCGCUAUAUUUUGCUGGAUGAUGAUAAAGUUAACUUCACCAUCUCAGCAAGGUAUUCACACGGUGAGAUAGUCAAGGGGGCUUACCACUGCCAAUUUGGAGUCGUUACAAAACAUACAGCCAGUGGUGAAAAAGUGGUGCCGGACAUCAUCAAGGGACUGGAGGUGGCUGGUUCGAUUCAGGAUGGGAUUGCAACAGUUUCUCUUCGGGUAGAGGAUAUAACUUCAAAACUCAAAAACAAAUCGCUGGCUGACUUGCAGAAAAAUGGAGAAAAACUCUACGUGGGAGUGUUUGUCACCAACAUUCAAAGUGGUGAAAUCCAAGAGGCAGAAGUUUACCUUCCUAUCAUUACCCACAAAUACACCAUAGAUCUUUCACGAACUCGCUCUAAUUUUUUCCCGGGUUACCCAGUGGAUGUUGUGGUACGCAUGCGUCACCCAGAUGGCUCCCCAGCGGCUGGUGUUCCUGUAACUAUUGCAAAGGAAGCAUCCACUAAGGAAUCUUGGCAGGGCACCACUGAUCAGGACGGGGCAGCGUUUUCCACCUUUAAUACUGAUAGAGCGGCUGCGAUUACGGUUGAUGUUUCUGCAAAUGGCCUGACACAGAGGAAGAUAAUUAAACCUGCUUCAUCUCCAAGUAACAGCUUUCUUUACAUGACUUUCACCAGCAAGAAGUACUCUGUGAAUGAUGCACUCACAGUAACAUACAACUCAAUCAACGGCCCAACAACUGGAUAUAUAUACUACAUGGUCUUAAGUCGUGGGGUCAUAAUCGAAGGGGGUUCUGUCAGACUCGGUAUAUUAGCCCAACAAAAACUGUUGAUUACUCCAGCUAUGGUUCCAUCUUUCCGUCUGAUUGGCUACUAUCACAGCACCCGUGGUGCCAUCAUUGCUGACUCUAUUUGGGUCGAUGUCAGGGAAGAAUGUGAGAUAAAGGUCAAGGUUGAACAAACAAAAUCAUUUCAACCUGGAAAACUGACCGAGCUGGAAUUUGAUCUCCAUGGUCAGAGCGCCAGAGUGGCUCUGCUGGCUGUAGAUAAGGCCAUCUACGCCCUCAAUGCUGACAAUAAACUCACACCCCAACAGGUGUUUUCCACUAUGGGAUCAGCUGACCUUGGUUGUUCGUACAAUGGAGGAUCUGACAGAGAAUCAGUGCUAGAAGAUGCUGGCCUGUCUGCUGUAUCCAGAUCCUCGUCAGUGUGGAGAAAGAAUUUUGGCUGUAACUCACAAGCUCCUCGACAAAGACGUGCUGUGGACCUUCAACAAGAAAUGCAGGCUUUACAAUCAGACUUUCCAGAUCCGGAUACAAAAGAAUGCUGUGCUCAAGGAUUUUCUCUCAUCCCCAUGAGACGAACAUGUCAGGAAAGAGUGAGAAGGAUUCUCUUGGUGAAGUCAAAUCAGACUUGUGCUGAUGCAUUUCUAAAAUGCUGCGUUGAAGCAGAGCGUCUGAGACAAAAAAAGAUACUAGAAGACUUGCAGAAAGGAAUGGGCCGAACUGCAACCACUGUGGAAAUUGAACAGUUCUUCUUGGAACCUCAGUAUAUUCGACGAUAUUUCCCUGAAAGCUUUGCAUUCACAGAUUUUAAUGUAAAUGGCAAAGGAAGGUAUUCUUAUACGCUACCUGAUUCCAUCACCACAUGGGAGUUUCAAGUCAUCACUUUAUCUUCAGCUUCUGGUUUCUGUGUAGUGAAGCCAUAUGAGGUCAGAGCAUUUAAGAAGACAUUUGUCUCUCUGAGACUGCCUUAUUCAGUCAGAAGAUAUGAGCAACUGGCUGUUUCUCCUGUCAUUUACAACUAUGGCGAUAAGCCACUGCAGGUGGCAGUGCAUAUGGCACAAACUGAAGGGCUUUGCUCCCCCGGGUCAGCCACCACGACCUCUUUUGUUAACAUUACAGUGGCGAAACAGUCCUCUCAGUUUGUCACUUUCUCUGCUGUCCCCAUGGUAACCGGCUCGAUACCCAUCAAAAUACGUCUGUAUGAUAUGGAGGAGGAUUUGGGAAUAGAUGCAAUUGAAAAGAAACUGAAUGUGCUGACGGAAGGAAUGGAACAGAGAGUAGGAGGAACCACAUUGAUUAAAUUAGAUGGGAGUGGAACAAAGACUAUGAUUAUUGAUGGAAGUCUACCAGGUGACACAGUCCCUGAGUCCAGCUCCAAUGUAUUUGUUUCAGUGGAAGGGGACGGAUUUGACAAUUCAUAUGCGAGGAACCUUCUUUCUCUUGAGAAGGUUUCUAAGCUGCUCCGCAAACCUGGUGGAUGCUUAGAACAGACAAUGAGUAGUCUGACCCCUACAGUUAUAGCCCUACGCUACCUUGACCUCAGUGAUCAAUGGAUUGACCUGCCUACUGGUAAAAGAGAUCAGGUUCUUCGUGAACUUGAACAAGGUUACUUGAGGAUUUUAGGAUUUCGAAAGAGAGAGAUACCUGGAUAUACUGGAGUCUGGCCUACAGUAGAGUCCAGUAAUUGGUUGAGUGCCUUUUUGGUGAAAGUGUUAUCGAUGGGGGCGCAGCGUCAGACAGCAGCUCUUGGACAACAGGGUCGGAGGUUUACAGAUGCACCACAGGAACAAAUCCGGCAUUCAGUCAGACACUUGCUCUCUGUACAGAAAGCUGAUGGGUCAUUCACUGACCCGGCACCUGUAUUGCACAGAGGAAUCCUGACAGGAAAAGACAAACAUGUAUCCAUGACUGCAUUCGUAACUAUUGCCCUGCACUGGUCCCUUGAAUUUGUGCCAGCUGAAGAUCUGAGUAAUGUGCAAGCAAGUAUAUCAAGAGGGACAACUUAUCUCCAAUCACAUCUGGAGGAGCUUAAGCAUUCCUUCGCUAUUGCCAUUACAGCCUAUUGUCUCUCAGUUUGCCUGCCAGAAGAAGCAGAUCGCUCACGUGCAUGGACAAAACUUCAAGCAAAGGUUACCGAAGCGGAGAAUGGUUGUUAUCUGUGGACAGAGAAUCCCAGCCGUCAGAAUCAAAAGGUGGCCAAUGCAAUCACAAUAGAGACGACAGCCUAUGCCCUCCUAGCUGCAGUGCAACUUGGGAAUAUUACGUGGGCAGACAAAAUAGCCUGCUGGUUAACCACCCAAGAAAACAAUUAUGGAGGCUACAGAUCAUCACAGGAUACCGUCAUGGUACUGGAAGCCCUCGCAGAAUAUGAGCUAAAGAGGCACGCCAGACCUGAAGCAAAAAUUGAAGCAGAGUUCACUGUCCCGGGAAGGAGAGACAUUGUAACGCUUACCCUGGAAAAUGGGAAAGAGAAGGUGGAAACAGACCUGAAGAAAUUUGUAGGCAAAAACAUUCAAGUGCAGUUCAAAGGAAAAGGAGACGCCAAGUUUAAAGUUGAGAAGGCUUUCCAUUUAAUGGAACCCAAGGAUGAUUGUGCCGAAAUGUCUAUCAGUGUCACAGUGGAGGGGAAAGUGAAGUACACUGAUAAGAUCUUAGAAAAUUAUGACUACUAUGGCGAUGAUGAUGCUGCUGAGGAGGAAGGGUCACGGGUGCCACGAUCAGCGAUUGAGUGGUUUGACGCUCGCACCCGAACCACGAGAGAUCUUGAUAACAACCUAAAAUCAGACAAUGUUGUCACCUACAAAGUCUGCGUCAGACCAAUUGGCAAUCUUACAGGAAUGGCCAUUGCCGACAUCACUUUACUCAGUGGAUUUAUGGCUAGCACUAAAGACCUGGACAAGCUAACGCAGCUAGAACAAUACAUUGCUCAUUAUGAAGUCUCCUAUGGAAAAGUGCUGCUUUAUUUUAAUAAGAUCUAUGAAGGAAAUGAAUGUAUUGAGUUUGAUGCUGAACAAACAGUGCCAGUUGGCCUCCUCCAGCCUGCUCCAGCCGUCUUCUAUGAUUAUUAUGAACCAAACAGAAAAUGUACUGUGUUCUACUCUGCCCCACAAAGAAGCAAGAUGAUUUCCAAACUGUGUUCAGGGGAUGUGUGUCAGUGUGCAGAGAGACCCUGUUAUAAACUACAACACACGUUCAAAUCACAAGGAAAUGCAAGGGUCAUAAAGAAGGACCGUGCACAACAUGCUUGCUUCUUCCCUACAGUAGAUUACGCGUACAUAGUUGAAGUCCUCAGUGUUUCUGAGACGAGUAACUUUGAGCUGUACAAAACGAAAAUAGUUGAUGUCCUCAGAUCAAAUGGAGAUGUGCAUGUGAGUGAGAAUUCCAUUCGGGUGUUUGUUAAGAGGCUUCAGUGCAAAGGACAGUUAGACCCUGGAAAAAUGUACCUGAUCAUGGGCAAAGAUGGCACCACAAAUGACUCGACUGGCUCGAUGCAGUAUCUAUUGGAAUCCAACACCUGGGUUGAGAAAAAGCCAUUGCCAGAAGAUUGUAAGAAAUCUGUCCACAGAAGUGCUUGUGCUGGUUUUAAUGCAUUUAUAACCGAGUACAAGAUGGAUGGCUGCAGACAGUGAAGCAAAUAUGAUUAAUUCAGGAUAAAGGGAGCUUUUAUUCAUAUAGUUUGUUAUAUUUUACCUCUAUAUCAAAGUGUAUAUAUGCUGUUACAAUUAAACAUUUAAAGUAGCAGUGUGUGAACAUCUAUCCAUUACAGGCCGUAAACAUUAUCUAGACCUAAAUCAGACAAAAGCUGUGUAAGAGAUUCUUGUUCUUGUUAUUUUCUUAUUCAUUUUUUCUACUUAAUAACUGUAAUAGAUGUAAUGUAAUUGUAUUCUUUACUUUUUAAUUUGCUAACCUCUCACUUUUUCAACUACACCAUCCUUGAUGCUUUGACGUCAUUGUUAACCUGAUAUUCACGACAAUAAAUCAUUUUGAAUUUGAAUUUGAAAUUUUUUAAACUGACUGUUGGAACUCGUCUUUUGAGAAAUACAAAUUUGUUGAUCUACAGAUGAAGCUGUUAUUUAGUUCAUCACCUUAUAGUGGUACAAGGAAGUGAAGGCUUUUUACCCUAAACCUCAAUAGCUAAAGUUCUCAAGUUCUGAGUUAUUUUUUAAAAUUCAACAGAGACUCAUGUCCACAUAAGCUGUGCUUGUGACAUCCUUUGCUGCCAUCAUCCUUAUUUUACUUCCCAUGGACCCAUCAUUGCAAAAUUUCCAGAGAAAGGAUUAGGGUUAACUUUAAUUCUAACCCUGACCCUACAGAGAACGGAGAAACCACAAGCAUCUUUCUUGCGAAUCAUGGCCAGUCAUUGGCAUUGCUUCACACUCACUCGCAACAGUUUCUCAACACAUACUAAGAAAGUGUUACUUAACAGUUGUAAAGAAUAAGGAACUAACUUAAAAUUAGAGGAAGAAGAGUUUUGCAUUGUGUCACAGUAUUUUAUGGAUUACAUUCUGUUAUAACCUGUUGGCUUUUGCACUGUGGGCAGAAGAACCAAAAACAGAUUAUUUGCCUACCUCUUUCCUUAAGACUGAAAAAUCUGUUAGUUUUAUUUCUGACUGGUAGAAGUUUGAAAUUGUUUUAAGUUGUGUGAAGACUUUAAUCAAAAUGAAUGAGUAUUCAUUUGUUAAAUGGAAUAUUUAUUAUAAGUGAAAUUCUCCAAUUUUUUGUGCUGAGGUAGGAAGGGGGGAGAUUUUCCCAAACUAAUGUCACAACAGUGUGAGUGUGUUUGCAAAGGGAUGUAUGUGAUGGUUGGUCUGGUGGUGAUGCCGUUUGCUGGAGGAAUUUUAUAGACUUUUGUGGAGUUUUACAGUUCACCUGGAAGGACAUUCGUUGAGUGAUACACAGAUAUGAUUUGAUAUAAUGUAGAGCUAUUAAAUGAGCAUGCUGACUAGGAAGGAGUCUGUAUAUUGUGUUGUUGUUUGAGGCUGCCUUUAUUUGAUUUUGCAAGUGUUUCUCUGCAGUAAUAUUUGAUUUUUGGAUUUUCAGUGUAUUGAUUUGAGACAAAUGUUCUGCCUCACUACUAUUCGUUCAAUUAUUCCAGAGAGUUGGAGGAAGUAUCUGAACUGUAAAUGUCGGUUGACACAGUGUUUGAGAACUGACAUCUCAAUACCCUCAGAACCGGGUACAUGAUUUUAAAAAAAAAACAAAACUUGUAAAAUGUGGCAAUCUUUGUAAGACAUUGACUAUAUGACAAAUCUGACAUGAGACUGUUGCUCAAUGAAGUCUAUAUGAUAAUCGUAGGCUGUCCAUGUUGAAUAACUGAAAAAGGUAUAAAAACCCAUUGCCUGGGGGCUCGAUGCCAUUUUGACUAGAGAAUCCUGCACUGACAAGAGACAGCGUCAUCACACAGAAUCUACAGAGUUGGUAACAAAGCACUACCACUCCAAAAAUGGCACUAAUUGAGGAAGCAAUUGAACUCACUGAAGAAUUCCUUGAAGGUGCUUCAGAGGAAGCUGAAGGACUGUCAGAAGAAAUACAAGAGGAAAUAGAAGCUGGAGUGGCUGAAGCCAGCAGUGAGGUUGCAGAGUUCUCCAAAGAUGCUGAUGCUUUGAAAUCCUUUCUUGAGUUUGCCGCAACAAACAUACCAAAGGUAGCAGCAUUUGUCGGAAAAAAUCUUGCAAUUGGUGUUAUCUUUUGGGGAGUAAAUGUGCUUCUGAGCAAAUUAUUCCCCCAUCCAAGUUCAGACAAGAGUAAGAAACGUGCUGCCGUUAAGGCACUCAUCACUGUGAUCAAGACUGAAACUGACUUGGGAAAGAAGACCUUGGAGUGGAUGAAGGAGCACAAAGAUGACCACAUUACCCUGGGUGGGAUUGAUGUGCCACUGGAAUCGGUUAUUUCAAAAUAUAUCACACCAAUAUCUGAGGCUGUUGACAAAAUCUUCAACAUUGCAACAAACCUGCAGUACAAGUUGGAUGGAAAAGUUCAGUUCAAUAUCCCAACUGGAGAAGACAUGAGAGAAUUCCUUACAACUGGUGAUGCAUUUCAUAAAGGCUUCAGUGACCUGGUUGUCUUCAUCUCUGAAAAUGUGCAGAUGAUUAAACAUCUGGCAACCUUUCCAGUGAAACAGGCAGACAUCGACCUUCUUACAACUCAGCUGAAAGAUGCCAAGGACUUACCUUUGUGGUAAAGAAAUUAGAUACCUUGAUUUGUGAUUACAAGACACAAAAGUCAGGUUGGUUUUCUCCAUAGUCUAGCAAUGACUGCAGUAUUUGGUGUCUCGUUUCUGAGUGGUAAAAAAUUUUGUGCCAAGAUUUAAGGUGAGGAAAGUUUUCAAUGUUGCAGACCUGAGUAGAUAUAUAGUGGUUAACUCUUGCAGCCAUCUUUUAUUCUUCUCUUUGACCAUGUUUUUCUUCUUCUUACAUAAUUUACAUUUCACACUCUAAGAUCUAAAUCUGUAAAAUAAAUUACAUGCAGGUACCUGCUCUAAACUCUUUUACUAACAGCAUUCAGUGUAGGAAAGUGCUUAAAGAAUUAAAAAUCUUUUUUUUUUAAAUCCUCCAAAAUGAUGGAGCUGUAGGAGAUAUUGGUUAAUUACAGUUAAUGAGGUGUUGGGUUAUAUUGCAGGUAUGAUUCUGUGAGCAGUAUGUCUGCAUGGGAAGCUUGCUGUCUAGAUUUAUGGAUUUGAGCAGACAGAGCUUUGUUAUGAUAUAAUGUCACAAUGUGUACUAACACUGCAGCACGUGUUUACUGAUACCAUGGUAAUCAAUUUUACAGUAACAUGUUAAUCGUUGCUUUUGCUUUAUAUUAUCAAAUAAACACUUUAAUCAUUC